AUGGCGGCGGCGGGACUGGCGGGACUGGGAAAAAAAAACCCCAAAAGCGGGGGGGAGGGUCCCCAAAAGGUGAGGAGGGACCCCAGGAGGGGACAUUUGUCCCCAGGAGGGGUCACAGCCGUCCCUGCUCGGUUCCAGCCCCGCGUGGAGCUGGCCUGGGCCAUGCGAGCUCACCAGCACGCCCAGAUCUACUUCAACCUCAUCUCGUCCGUGGACCCCAAAUUCCUGAGCCUGACCAAGGUGGACGAUCGGAUCUACGAGGAAUUCCGCAGAACCUUCCGGGAGCUGCGCGUCGACGUCCUGGACCCCGAGGAGCUCAAAUCGGAGGCGGCCAAGGAGAAGUGGCGCCCGUUCUGUCUCAGUUUCGAGGGCGUGGUCGAGGAUUUCAACUUCGGGACUUUGCUGCGCCUGGACUCGCGCCAGGAGUACAGCGAGGAAAAUUCCAUUUUUGCCACCAGGAUCCAAUUUUUUGCCAUCGAGAUCGCCCGGAACAGGGAGGGCUGCAACGACGCCGUUUACCUCAGAAAAUCGGGAUGAGCUUCAGGAAUUUCGGGAAUUUCGGGAAGAGCAGGAGCCCCCCAGCCCCACUCCAGGAUCAUUCCCAAAAUUUGGGAAAUCUCUG